UUGUUUUCGCAUCCGUCCAACUCUCCCCCAAUUAGGACCAAAUGGAAACGUCAAACCGCAGUUGGAUUUGAAUUACUUGCAGAGGCGGGAAACUUUGUGGCUGUUCAACGUAUUCUACAAACCAAUUCCUACUGGGCCUAUCACCCAGCUACACAAUCAAUUUUGGAGAGUAUGAAAGCAAUGGCACGUUUUCAAACAGCUACAGACACAACCGAACUACCGUCAAAUCUUAUUCAAACUUCUGUUGCGAGUAAUUCCUCCGCCGAAAAUAACGGGACAAAUGCACCGGCUUUGUCCACUUCCACAGAGAAUCUGGUCACUCGAUCAGUCCUUGGUGAUCGUGACACAGAUAAGGAAAGACCCACUAUGCCGAUCCAAUCACGUCCUAUUCCCAGUUCAGGCAUCUCUUUCCUGCCGUCUGACCUGAGUGCCAGUUCAGUUUCAGGCAAAUCAACAACUAAAACCCUGCCAGUCCCACCUGGUCCAAUUAGUUCCACCCAAAAUUCCAACGAUUUGUCGCGAAUAGGUCCUGUCACGUGGCCAGAGACUUUAGCCACAUGGAACGGCUUGGAUCAAGCGAUCAACGGGAUUACUUCAAACGGUAAAAACAAUUUUGAUUUGACAGCUUAUUUCCAAUGGUUCUUUCAUGCAAUGAACGGUCAGGAACAAACCGUAGCACCAUCUGCCACACCCGAGAGUAGCACGGAUUCGAUCCCCGCCAAAUCAGCUAUGCUUAUGGCCAACAAGCUAUGGCAAUUCAGUCAGACAGAUGACCGAUCGACUGUGCCCGGCACAAUCACUGGGGUCAAUCCCCCCAACCCUCUCCAGGCGACGAGCGUGGUUCGCGAUCAGCGCAAACUGAUGGAAGAGUUGGUUGCGAUGAACGCGUGGAUCAAAUUGCACACGAAUCAACAGAACAAUCCGACAACAGCAAACCUCUGUCCAGACGAACCUUUUUCCGCGUAA